AUGGAGAUCAAGGCUGGGAUUUUUGUUAUCUUAGGUAUAGCCUUGCUCUCUACCGGAGUGGAAUGUAUCCCUCGACGUGGCCUUUCAUCAGCGGCGACUGUUUUUGACAUUACCCAAUUUGGGGCUAAACCCGGUGGCAAAAAAGAUAGCGCAUUGGCAAUGAUUAGAACGUGGAACAAAGCAUGUAAAUCGACGGAGGCGGCGAAGAUGGUAAUUCCGGCAGGAAAAUUCCUUGCCGGAGAGGUUGUGUUUCAAGGGCCCUGCACCGCCCCUAAGCCCAUUGUGAUUGAAAUUCGGGGAACGCUGGUGGCUGACUCCGAUCUCAGCGUCUUCACUUCCAACUAUUGGAUCAGUAUCGAGCACGUUGCCGGCGUCGAAGUCACCGGCGGAGGAACCAUCAACGGCCGUGGAGAGGAUGUCUGGAAAUUCGACGCAGGCGAAAAAAUUAAGAAUGCCCCUCUUCUUCCUGUUUCUCUGGUCUUCCAAGCCGCAAACCAUUCUAAAAUUCAUGAUAUCAAGUUUGUGAAUAGCAAAGGGUUCCACAUGAAAGUGUCGGACUGCACUGAUUUUAAUGUUUCGAAGCUCCACAUAACCGCUCCCGGAGACAGCCCAAAUACGGAUGGCGUCCACAUUAGCGGAUCUACCAACGUUAAUGUUACUGAUCUUGUGGUGGGAACCGGCGAUGACUGCGUAUCCAUUGGCGAUGGCAACACCAAUCUUCUUGUUACCAAGGUCACUUGUGGCCCCGGACAUGGCAUCAGUAUUGGGAGCCUGGGGAAGCGGGAAAGAGAAACAGAUGUGAAUGGAGUAACUGUGAGGAAUUGCACACUGAUAGGCACCACAAAUGGUGCAAGAAUCAAGACGUAUCGUGCGUCACCACAGCUCAAGGCUUCUAGAAUUAUUUUUGAAGACUUAAUCUUGGAUAAUGUCACUAAUCCCAUCAUUAUCGAUCAAGACUACGGCUCCAAAAAGAAAGGACAGCCAUCGAAGGUGGCGAUCAGUAAUGUUCAUUUCCGGAACAUAAGAGGUACGGCGGCGAUAAGAAAACCGGCGAUAACGCUCACGUGCAGCGCAGCAGUCCCUUGUAAAGGCGUAACAUUGGCAAAUAUUGAUAUCGUGCCGGUGGAAGGUGCCGACGGCAAACUUAAACCAAACUCUUGCCUCAAUGCCAAACCAGUUUUUAAGGGCAAACAAAAUCCAGGUGCCUGCUAGCUACCUACCUACCUACCUUUCUUUUGCCUGCCCUUAGCUUUUUUUAAAAAUUUUUUUUUUAUUCAUUUUAGUUACUUCAAUUAGUUCGG